AUGUCCUACAACUUCUCCACAAGGAACUGCUCUUCCAGGCCGAUUGGAGGACGCUGCACUGUCCCAGUGGCCGAAGUUGCCAUACCUUCUACCCAGGCUGACUGUCUGAGUGGCAUCUCCUUGCCCAGUUCUUUCCAAACCGGAUCCUGGCUCCUGAACCACUGUCAGGAGACCUGCUGUGAGCCCACUGUUUGCCAGCCAACCUGUUACCAACAAACUUCUUGCGUCUCUAGACCUGGCCAGGUGACCUGCUCUCGGCAAACGACCUGUGUCUCCAAUCCCUGCUCCACUACCUGCAGCCGGCCACUUACCUUCAUCUCUAGUGGCUGUCAGCCCCAGGUUAGCAUCUCUACUGUGUGUCAACCAGUAGGAGGAAUCUCUACUGUCUGCCAACCAGCCUGUGGGGUCUCCAGGACGUACCAGCAGUCCUGCGUGUCCAGCUGCCGAAGAAUUUGCUAA